UUCGCGCGCUGCGUCAUUUGCACAUGUGGAUUUAAUAUUGUAACAACAUGAUAGUUGUAUUAUACAGCAACGGUGUUUAGUUUUAGUCUAGUGAUACGAAUGAUGCGUGCGUUUAAAGUUAAGUGUGAACAAAGUCGAUUCAAUUGGUGCUAAAGUUAUGAGAUAAUACGAGUAUAUAUCUAUCGAAUGUUCAUGUGCGCUGCGGCAACCCGAUCGCCGGCGUAUCCGGAGUGAUCCGAAAUGAUAACGACUUGACUUUAGUCGGCGACAAAACUCCAAAUUUCGAUCCAUCAUACACCAUCCGUCCACACACUCGAGAGCGCGCUGUUGUUUUUAUUAUAUCUAUAUUUUUUCGGUUAAGUUCAGUUAAGUUAACAACUUAGAUUGAAAUUGGUGUGUAGUUGUAAUUUGUAAGUGAAUGUGCAUACAAAUUGUAAAAUGACCGGCGAUGGCGAUGGAUUACGUUACCGGCGUGCGCAGAGCGUCACGAGGGCCGAAGAGAUUCAAUACGAGGAGAAGAAGGCACGCAAGUCGCAGCCUGAUAAGCCAUGUCACCGACCUCAAGAUUCACUCUUUUCAUGGACUUCCGGUUUCGACAACUUUACCGGCUUCGUCAACUGGGCGUUUCUGUUGCUUUUAAUCGGCGGGUUCCGUUUGUUUCUAGAAAAUUUCAUCAAAUACGGAAUAAGGGUUGAUCCCAUACAAUGGAUCAAUUUGCUCAAAGAUGAGAACACAGCCGACCACCCAACGUUAAUAUUAAUGAUUUAUGUUAUUGUGCCAAUAAUGGCGUGUCUCAUAAUCGAAAAAGGACUCGCCGUUGAAAUUAUUCCUAUUAAACCGGGAAUUGUUGCACACGUGGUGAAUUUACUCGUAUUGGUGCUGAUACCAAUGGUGGCCAUUCAUGUCAGAGAAGGAUUUAGUUUAUUGGGUGCUUCUAUGGUUAGCUUUUUGUACAGUGUAGUAUUCCUAAAACUAUGGUCGUACGUUCAGGUAAACAGCUGGUGUCGACAAAUUUUAAGAGGAAACGGAAAUAAAAAUAACCUGAGAAGACAGAGUUUAUCCUAUAGCAGUUUACCAAAAAAAAAUGGCGAAAUUAAAAAUGGAGGCGUGGAUGAAAUUGAUCACGAGACGCAGACAGUUCAAUAUCCGGAUAAUUUAAACCUCAAGGACUUAUUCUACUUCAUGGCAGCGCCGACAUUAUGCUAUGAAUUGAAUUUCCCGAAAACCACGCGUAUUCGCAAGCGUUUCUUGCUGAAACGUUUGCUUGAAGUCGCCAUUGGUAUACAGAUGAUGCUUGUCAUUGUUCAACAAUAUAUUAUUCCAUCCGUGAAAAAUUCUUUGAUUCCUUUCAGUAAUAUGGAUAUUGCUAAAGCGACAGAACGAUUACUCAAAUUAGCGUUGCCAAAUCAUCUUUUAUGGCUGUGCAUGUUCUACAUAAUGUUCCACUCGUUCCUCAACCUUGUCGGUGAAUUAAUGCACUUUGCCGACCGAAAAUUCUACUGCGAUUGGUGGAAUGCCAAUAAUAUCGACACGUUCUGGCGCACGUGGAACAUGCCGGUGCAUCGCUGGGCUGUCCGCCAUCUUUAUAUCCCGCUCGUUGGCAUGGGUUACAGUAAGAAUCACGGUGCCUUAGCGGUGUUUUUCGUCAGCGCUUUCUUCCACGAGUAUUUGGUUAGUGUACCGUUGAAAACGUUCAAGAUUUGGGCGUUCCUUGGAAUGAUGGCGCAGGUGCCACUCUCGCACAUUUCCAAGUUUACAGAGAAGAAGUUCGGGCCCAGAUUGGGUAACGUAGUCGUGUGGGCUUCCAUUAUUAUGGGUCAGCCAUUGUGCAUUAUGAUCUAUUAUCACGACUAUGUUAUUACACAUUAUGGUAAAGCUUUAAUGGAAGAUUACAGUCAUGUUUAAAUCGGUUUAGUGUAUUGUAAGUGUAUUUAAUAUGUUAUUUUUUAUUUGGUUAUCAUUGGAGAACCAAAUCAGUUGUUUUUGAUUGUUUAUGUCAAUUUCCUAGAAAAAAAACUAAUUGUUACUUGAAAUGUACUGAAUAGUGAAGGAAGUUUCAAUGUGUCAAAGAAACAAAAGAAAUUUUUUGGUAAUUAUGUACUUUGUUGGAACAUUUUUUACAAAUAAAGAUGUUAUAUACUA